CCUAAGCCAAACCUAACAGGUAGUGCUUACUUUUCUUUUCGCCGUGCGUCACGCUAGUUAGAUUUUUCUCUGAACACAAACCUCCCUUUUCUCCCUCUUCUCUCUGGCAAAGAACGUUUCUCUCUCCUGUUAAUCCUUUCCUUCCUCUCUCCUGAUAAAAAGCUUCUUUGUUCGACGAAGAAGAACACCGCCGCUGCCGGCCUGGUUUGAUUGCGGGAGGUCCCGAUCUAAGUCGAUAUUCUCAGAACUGCCAAAAGGCUCCGCCGUUGGCUGCCUUCUCAGCCUCCACAGGGAUCCAGAUCUCGGCGAGGAGUUAUCUUAAAAUCAAUCUCUUCUCUCUGAUGACAGAAGGCUAUGCAGCUGGCUGCGGCCUCGGCCUCCACAAGGCUCCGGAUCGGGAUCCAGAUCCAGAUCCAGAUCCUUUGUUAUGUUCAAGGUGGCCGGCGGUGCCUUUUCUGGCCUCCGUGGGGCAAGAGCAGCAGCGUCGCACUCACCAUUCUGCCAGUAAUCGUUCAUUCACCAUGGUGUAUGUUGCCAAGAUCUCCACCCCUGAGGAGGAAACCAAGAAGGAGAAAAGGUAUAUGAAGACCAGUGUUCCAGAAGUGGCUAGGACGUGGUUUUGCCCCACUUGCGAGCCACCGAGCGUCAAAGAGAAAACGAUGAUGAGUUAUGAGGAGAAUGCCAAGCACAGGGAGGAGCAGCAUCUUAAGCGCUACCGCUAGGUGUUGACGAAUGCUAGAGUGGAAAGGUUGCUACUGUGGGAUGUGCUCUUCUACAGUGUUUGGUAGUAGCUUCAACGUUACUAUCCUUUUUCCUUUCUCUUUAUUAUAUCAACAAUUUGGACUUGUCUUUUUUUUUGGGUUUGGAUUAUGCGAUGGUAUUGUUAGAGGCAGUCUGGUGGUGAGACUGCCGUAUCAUCGUUCUAUCAUUGUUCGCUACAGUUCUAUCAUAUUGUUAGCUACAUUACUAUGUUGAACCUGCCGCCUACGGUGAGAUAGUAUUUCUACCUGCGUAUCAUUCUACUGUGUUACGCAAGUUUCCUCUAAUAUUGAAGACAACACAAAAUAUUGAAGACAAUACAGUGUUUAUGAAUGUUUGUUACUCGAGCUAUUUUAUGAGUUAGUUGAUUUCAACUAAACAAUUGAAUGAUCG